AUGCAUGAUCUAAACAAAAAUCUUCAGGACCACAACGAACAACAGCAGCAGAUUGACCUCCAAGCAAACCUACGAAGAGCCCAAAACAAGGCCAUCAGGGAUUUGAGCAAUACCAGACUGGUGGAAAGAUGCCUGUUUGGCCAGGAACCGACAUCCGUUUCCAUGCCCCAACCUAGCAACGUCGCCCCCCGCUUCGACCCCGAGAAUACCGAUUAUGAGGAAAUCGUCCUCCCUAGUCGAGGCUCAUGGAAAAGAAAGGAUCACGCCACCGAGACUGACGACCAAACGUCUGAUUAA